ACACGGGCUAGCGGGUUAUCUGCCAUAACCCACUGUCUCCCUGGUUACUGUCUGUGUUGAGAUCGGACUGGGCUCCCAGAGGCUAAUGCAGCCCCAGGGCCAGGGCCCCACGUCAGUGUUCACCCUGGAUGAGAUGGAGGCCCUGCUGCUGCUGGCCCUCUCCAUCCUGACCGGUGCUGGCUGCCAGGAUUGGGGGGUGACCCUGCCCACGGGCCCCCUGGCUGGAUGGAGCGGCUCAUGCAUGACAAUCCCUUGCUCUUACACCUACCCCGAGGGGCAGCUCGUCAAAGCCGUGACCUGGAGCCGGGACAAGGAGAGAAUCGUGCGACUCACUGCAACAACGAGGCAGGGCUAUGACAAGGCCAAGCGUGCCCAGUUCCUGGGGGACCUGCAGCACAACUGCACCCUGCAACUCAACCCGCUGGCCCUUGGAGAUGGGGGCGCCUACUCCUUUGAGUUCCAGACCCAAAGCCAAAGCUGGAGAAGCCCCCGAGUUGUGUGCCUCACGGUGUCAGAACAUCACUGCACGGUCCAACAAAGCAAAUCUAUGACCUUCGGAAUCCUCAGUGGCAGGGUGGACUGCUUCGUCUCCGAGCGCUGCGCCUCCUCCGGCCUGUAUUGGUACGAUGGAGCCGGCACACAGAUCCCGCAGGAAACUGGCAAAAGCAAAAGCAGUCUGAGCAUGCACAUCAUCUGGCAGCACCGGGGGGCAGUGCUGGAGUGCCGGGUGCGGGGCUACCGGAAUAGGUGCCUCCCCAAAGGGUCCCAGCCCCUCGCCACCGGCCGGCCCCAUCGCCUGAAGGUCCUGGUGGACAUGGACAGCCCAGGCCCCAACAGGGAGGGCGACUCGUUCACGCUGAGAGGCGUGGGGGACAGCGGGUCGCUGGACCAGGUCUACUUCUGGAUUCACAACUACGAGGACCUGCACGGGAGCCCCUCUCUGCAGAUUGCAGGGGCAACCUUGUCUCACGGGGGCAAUUACACCUGCAUGAAGUGGGUCUCCAGCAUAGGGCGUGCCUACCUGGUCAUAUCCCCCACCACCUAUGUGGCCAUCCUUGCCCCCCCUGUGGUGCAUGUGGUGGCCACCCCAGGCCCUCAUCGCAGGACGGGGGAACCCCUGUCCCUGACGUGCAGGCUGGACACCAGCGCCUAUGGCGGAUUGGGCUUCUCCUGGUACAAGGAUGGCGAGCGGCUGGAGUGGGCACAGGUGGAACUGGCUUUCCCGGGUGUACAGGUGGCUGAUGGGGGAGAGUAUCAGUGUGAGGUGCACAACACCCUAGGGAAAUCCACCUCCCUGCCACUCACCAUCACUGUUGUGUAGCGGCAGUGACUGGUACCAGCUGAGUACCUGCCCCAUGGCAGGGCUUCGGAGCAGG